GAGAUAUCAAGAGACACUGCAGGAUAUAUAACGCCCGCUCGUUCUGUGUGCUUCUCAAGGACCAACAAAUCUAAAACCUCUCUUAUCCCUCUUCCGUCUGGCGAAGCAGCUCUCCCACAAGCAGGAUCUCUUCGCACUACGCUUCCCCGCGAUCGUAUCUGUUGGUCUGGUGUUCCCGUCGAUACCCGCGAUACGUACAGCUUUUGGACAGUAUCGCCUAUCUAGUACGCCCUAUCUUACGAGAUACCAUACCAAUAUCCUACAUCGACAGGUCUUUAGGUAGCCCGAUCGCCUACCGCGCCUCUCAACACCACCAUUGCGCCGUAGUGGCUUUCCUAGUGAACCGAUCUCGUCGUGCCAUCUCGAGCGCAUGCUCCCGUCCUACGCCAUGUCGUCUCCUAAUCCGAGAAAGAGACCGGCUCCGGGCUCUUCGCCCAUCGUGCCCCUUCCUCUUCAGCAGAUGCAGCAACAGUUCAAUCCCGCUCAGGCAGACCAGGUGUUCCGGUGGAAUAAUGGCCCAGACGCAGCAGCGGCCCCUCUCAACUCGUUUGGAAUGAUGUCCACGCAAGCACCGUAUCCGCAGGCUAUUCCAGCACCUUCCAAUGCCCUGGCGCGGCGCCCACCAAGUCGGGCCCUUGUCCCUACGAACCAGUUCAACGGGGCGGCCGACACCUGGGCCUCAUUUAGUGACGAUGCUUCCUAUCCUUUGGGGCAUAACGUGCCUCCGGUGGAUGAGCACGACAACAUUGAGCGCCUCGAAGAGAUGGCGCAGCGUGCCAAGCGGGAAGCGCAGGCCAAGAGAAAGCAGAUCCCGCCUUUCGUCCAGAAACUGAGCAGCUUCUUGGAUGAGUCUAGGAACACUGAUCUCAUUCGCUGGUCUGAUAAGGGUGACUCUUUCAUUGUCCUUGAUGAAGAUGAGUUCGCCAAGACCCUUAUCCCAGAGCUCUUCAAACACAACAACUAUGCCUCGUUUGUGCGGCAGCUCAACAUGUAUGGCUUCCACAAGCGAGUCGGCCUUUCGGAUAACUCUAUGAAGGCAUCUGAAAGGAAGAACAAGAGCCCAAGCGAGUAUUACAAUCCUUACUUUAGGCGCGGCCACCCCAACCUUCUAUGGCUGAUCAACAAACCGAAAAGUGGAGGAAAGGGAAACAAGUCAAGCAAAGCUACACCCAAGACCGAGGGAGAGGGGGAUAGCGAGGAGGAUGCCGGUGUCGAGGACGCAUACGCUGGUCAGAACUACUCGUCAGCCCAAGUCGGACGUGGUACCUCGAGUGCUAGUGAGGUUGGCCCGCUACACAAGAAGGACCUCGUAGCAGUCAAGUCUCAACUAGAUCGGCUACAACAGCAACAGGUUGCCAUCUCCACCAUGCUACAAAAGAUUCGAGCUGAACAUACAACCCUAUUCCAGCAAGCUGUCACGUUUCAGAACAUGCACGAACGUCACGAGAAUUCGAUUAACGCCAUUCUUAACUUUCUUGCCAAUGUAUUCCGGAAGUCGCUGGAGGAGCAAGGAGGGACGCAAAGUGUGCAGGAUCUCUUGGCAAGCAUCAUUCCCAACGCUCAGGUUCAUAACCAGAACCAGAUGCCCCAGGCAAAUGUUGUCGACCUCGGCGGCUUCGUCAACCAGCAGGUCCACAACAAUAUGGCUAUGGGAACGCCAAAGCGUCAACAGCGUCUCCUGCCCCCUAUCCCCCAGCAGGGUGUAGCCAAGGUGCACUCCAUUUCCCCAUCCUCGACAGCCUCUCCUGCUCCGGUCCAUCCCCAAUACCAAGCGCAGCAGAUGGGCUCCGUCACGGAACUCUUCGACACAACCCCCGGAGACAGCCCAUCGUCCACAUUCAUGAAGAAUGAGCUACAAAACAACCCUCAGGAGGGGAUGAUGAAGCUCAUUCAAGACACGAAUGCUGUGAGCGUUUCGGGAGGUGUUGACCUACCAGAUAUGGCGACCAAGACGCAUGUGAAUGCUCUGAGCAACGACCAACGCAACAAAAUGCUCAGCAUCAUGGCCGGAAACAUCCCCUCGACCAACGGUUCCUCAUCGGCCUCAAGCUCCGCGGUACCUGCCCCAGCGUCCACGAUGCCGCCUAUUCCCACCAUCCCCACGGUACCCGUUACCACUGCUGCUGCCCCUGCCCCUGUCGUCCCCAGCCCCACUGCACCCAACGCGCUUUCCCCUGCCCUUGGCUCCAUGCCGCCGCCGCCACCACUCCCCAGCUACUCCCACGAGGAGUUGGACGCCCUUCAACGGCUCCAGGAGGAACAAGCCAGCCAGAUCGAUCGACUUACGAGCUUGCUCGGUCCUCUGAGCCCCUCCGGUCGCAUCCCCGGUCUUGAUGAGCACGGCAACCUUAACGGCGCCACCGGCUACUUUGACGGCACUGACAUUGAGCAAUACCUCAACGACAACGCCUUCUCCGAUGCUGCCUACGAGUUUUCCGGGCUACCCGGUGCUAACGGAACCGGCGAUGGCACCGCCGACUUUAACUUCAACCUCGACGACGGAUUCGAUCUGACCAACCCGACCCACACCGGCGCUGCUCCCGGUACUGCCAACGGUGCUACCGGCACAACAGCCGCCGGUUCCAACGCCGGUGGCCUCACGGUCCCCGGCGGCGGGUUCGACUCGGGAAGGACAUUCGAGACCAACUCCCCCGUCAACACCCCCUCCCCCUCAGCGGCGACGGAGGAGAUGAUCAAGCGUAACGACAUGGAAAGUCCCGAGCGCGAUCCGAAGAGGCGGAGGAAGGGCUAGAAUCCCGGAGAUCGUAACUCUUCUUCUUCUGUUGCUUCU